CGGCCGUGUUUGGCCCGCGCCGCCCGCCGUAGGCCGGCGCCCCGCGCAUGCGGAGUGGCGCGGGCGCAGCGGGAGCGCGGGCGGCGGCGUCAGGACCUCGGUGGGAGCGGAGGCAAUAAAGUCACCAUGUCGUCUGCACUGUUGCCCAAGCCACAAAUGCGGCGCCUGUUGGCCAGAAGGAUGAAGUUUCACCUUUUUGGGGCAUUUUUUGUGUCAAUAGGAUGUGCAGCUUUAUACAAGUUUGGAAUUGCUGAACCCAGGAAACGAGCUUAUGCAGAGUUCUAUAAAAACUAUGAUGCUAUGAAGGACUUUGAAGCCAUGAAGGCAGCUGGUGUGUUUGAGUGUGCACCACCCAAAUGAUGAUCCCAUUUAGUCCAAGGAGACCUGAUGACCGAACCUUAUUUGUUCACUGAAUUGAGAAGUGUAAUGCACUUCAGUGCAUGGCACGCUCUGAUGUAACUAACUAAAUAAAAUACGUAUGUCAGUGGCA